CCUGCAACGGCACUCCGUUUUCAGUUUUCACCUCACCAACAUGAGCGUCCGCACACAGUACAACGACAACAACAGCUACCGCAAGAUGCACAGUCUCAAGCUUACGGCCACGAUCUUGACCCACUUGGCAACUCGAGCCACCCCGGCAAUCCCCGGACGACACAGAACCAACCACACAAAACUACCUGGAAUCCACUCGCUCUUCGCUAUUGACGCAGCACACAACAUUGCUGCGGCUCUACCGCCAUUGCAAUGUGCUGUCGGGCUCAUCAACCUUGGCACUCCUAUCAACCAGCACCAAUCUCCCGUUACCAGCCCAACCAGACCCGUCGUGGGCUCCCCGACCAGCCCAGGGAUGACACCGGUCAGCCCAUUCCGCCAAAGUAACCCCACUUCAACUGCGUCUUUAUCCUUCAGUUCGAAGACUCGGCGUCCGCUGUCACUACACGAUUUGCUGACCACGGAGACCACGCCCGCUGCAUCAACUCAACGCUGCACAAAUGCCCACCACAGGCGCCAAUGCGGCAUUGCGGACUGCCACAAGUACGCCUUGACUGGAGGGUUCUGCAUCAGACAUGGCGGUGGCAAGCGCUGCAACUUCGAAGGCUGUCAGACCGUGGCACAAAGUGGCGGGCGGUGCAAAGCCCAUGGCGGCGGCAGCAAGUGCAAAGUGCCUGGAUGCGGCAGCGUGGCGCGACGCAAAGGCUUCUGUAUGACGCACGGCGGGCGUCAGCAGUGCAAGAUCGACGGAUGCGGUAAGUGCGCACACGGCGGCGGCUUCUGCAUCUCGCAUGGCGGCGGCAAACGCUGCUCCUCCAACGCCUGCAACAAGAGUGCACAGGCCGGGGGCUUCUGCUACAGCCACGGAGGAGGCAAGCGUUGUGCUGCGCCUGAGUGUUUCCAGGCCGCGCGCAAGGGCGGACUCUGCAUCCGACACCGGAAGCUCGCAGCAGCGAAAUGCCUCUAGCAGCAAUAAGGCAGAGACCCGACUUCGACGUUGCUGUGACGUCGAGAGACCAAU